CUUCUCGCCUCUCAUCACCUUGAGAGGGGUUUGGUUCUUUUGGUUUUCGCUUUGCAAUGGAGGGUCUGCAUCUGUUGAAAAUUGAAGUUUGAAGUGCUUUUCUUCACGUUUUUCUUUCACUCUCCCUCCGCCUCUUCGCCCUUUACAGUCUCUCUCUCUCUUUCCCUCUCUGUUUCUAUUUGCUUCCAAAGUAUCCGCAAUUAAGAGAGGAGGGAGGGGGAGAGAGAGAGAGAGAGAGUCCGAAAGCAUAAGCCUCGAAGAAGCCCUAGAUCGUCCCUCUUCCCGCCAAAAACUGAAGCUCGAAACCGUUCGUGUUCGACCCAGUUGCGGAAUCUGUAUGGUCCGUUGUGAUCUGCUCAAUCCGAUGAAUCUUCGUCUCUCCUUUUUUCAACCUCUGCUUUGAGCUGAAUGUUGUCUUAGUUCGUUCGAUGCCCAGUUCAAGUCGAAGAAAAAUGCAGUGGGCCCGUGUAUGUUUUUGCUUUUGCUUAUAUGUCUUGAACUGUGAUAUUCCAUCGCAGGACGGCGGGUUAUAGCCAAUAAAAUGCGCCUAUGCCUCGCAGAAGCCGAAUCUGAAUGCUCUGGUGCUUUUUCUGCUGGUAUGCCAGUUUUUCGUUUGAGCUAAGAGGUAUGCUCUCUAUGUAAGAUUUGCUCAGCUGCCUCCACGGGCUAGUGUGAGCACAUUUUUUCUAGUUGAUGAUGUGUGUUGAGGAUGAGGGAUAUAUGCAUAUGGACUCCAAAGAGAGCGAGUUUGCUUCGGUGACCCGCGGAAAGCUGCAUGACAAUGGGGAUUUUAAUAGUAGAAGUGAUUUGCUGGGGUCAACUGGUGGUAAGCAACGGGACGGCACUAAGAAAAGAAAGCAUUAUGAGAUUGUGGAUCGAGACUCGAUAAACUUGGACCAAAAGAAGAACAAGAGAACUGUAAGUUUGGCUGAUGAUGAGACAGGAUGUGUGGUUGCUAAAUCGGGUUCUCAGACAUCGUUUAAUGAUGACGACGACAAUGUAAUCACUCUGGAUAAAAAGGUGUUUAAUGAGGAGGUGUCUCAUUUUAAGAGGGAACAGUCCUCAUUUUUGGGUAUGCUUAAAUGGUUAACUAAGAUUGCUAAAGAUCCUUUAGCUUCGGGAUUGGGUACUUUGCCAGAGAAGUCAAAAUGGAAGUCUUAUGGGAGUGAAGUAUUGUGGAAGCAGGUGUUGUUGGCACGUGAAACUAUGUUCCAUAGACGGGACGAUGUCAACGACAUGGGAACUGUAACUUGGCAGAGAAAUCAGAAGACGGAUCUACGCAUAUAUGAUGAUAAUAUUGGAUCCAGCUACAAUCUCCGGGAGAGAUCAAAAAGCAACCAGAAGGCCUCUCCUCGAGAACAGUUAAAGCAAGGUCAGGCCUUUUCUGAGUCAUUCUCCUUAAGUGGUCAAAGUAACUUGGACAAAAGUCCUAGUACAUGCAUGGCAAGGAUGGGAGAUAAUUCUGACGAAGGUGUUACCCCUAAUUCUUCGACUGUUGAUUCACUGUUUCCGGAUUAUAAUUGUCAAAAAGUUCCAUUGGGUUCUCAAUAUCAAGCUGUAGUACCUGUCUGGAAGGGGAUUUCCUCUGAAAGUGACUCUAAAUGGUUGGGGACCAAGGUUUGGCCACUCAAUGAAGCAGAGAAAAGGACUAUUAUUGAAAGGGAUCCUAUUGGAAAGGGAAGACAAGAUUCAUGUGGCUGCUCGGUUCUGGGUUCUACAGAGUGUGUCAGAUUUCACAUUGCUGAGAAAAGGUUAAAAUUGAAAAUCGAACUGGGCUCAGCAUUUUACCGGUGGAAACUUCAUAAGAUGGGAGAGGAAGUAAGACUUUCUUGGACAGAAGAAGAGCGAAAUAAGUUUGCAACCAUUAUGAAGAUGAAUUCCCUAUCACAGGAUAAGUGUUUCUGGGACCAGAUAUUUCGAGUUUUUCCAAGAAAAAGCAGGGAGGAGUUGGUGAGCUACUACUUUAAUGUCUUUCUUCUGCAACGACGAGGAUGUCAGAAUAGGGUAUCUCCAAGUGACAUUAACAGUGAUGAUGAUGAGGCAGAAACGAAUUUAGCAGUUAAGUGGGGUGGUCGUCACGAAACUAAAUCCACAAGCUCCAUAUUUUAUUCUCCCACAAAGUCACAAGGUAAUAGCAAAAAGUGACUCCAAUGAAUGCGAGUAGGUGAUAUGCCAAGAAAUGUAAAUUCUGGGAGUACCCUCUGUUGUGUCUCUCUCGAAUCUGUUUCUCCACAAGAAUUCUUAGCUGAUCAGCGUGGAAUUUGCCUAGAAAAUGAGAUGUCUUGGUGUUCAUAUGUGAGCACAGUUUUGGAUAUGUGAUUGUUGGAUUAGCUGCCAUGGUAGAUGUCAUCAUCAGAAGGCAGCUUUUUGCUGCAGAAGCUGCAGUACUCUCCAAGAGCUUUUGGCCCAUGUACCUUCAGUUUUUGAGACACACAGCUAGUUGCGUUGACAACCAACAUCUAAGACAGGGAUUACGCUUUUUGGUUAGCUGCGGUACCUCAACUUUUCCUUUCUAGUCAUCUGAUUUAGCUCCAUGAGUUGGGGGGCAGAGUCCAUAGUAAAGCCAGGCGAUGAAAUGGAUACUGAUUUUGCAGCAUAGUUUAGGAGCUAGAGAAACUUGUUGAGAUUGUUUGACCAUUGAAAUGGCUUCAUCAAUUUUGUGAUAUAAUCUUUAGGACUGUUACACAGUUGUUGGUAUGUGUGGGCAUGUCAGUGCAUACUCCACUUGUGAAAGACAAUUUUUUGCGAGCUAAUGUCUUCUAA